UGGGAAAUCAAAGAAGAUGCAGAAAUGAAUUAAACAAGAAAAACAAAAUGUUAAAGGGGCGUGAAGUCGGCUGCGCUACACAAUUUAUAAGCUAAGAAGAGGUACAAGUGGUGAAGUGGUGUUUUUCCACCUUCACUUGAAGUCAGCAGCCGCGUCACGGUGACGAGCAGAAGCGUCGCUGUCUUGCUGACAAUCUUCUCUGUAUUUGAGGUUUCCAAAGCACUGCACCAAAAUGGAACUAGAGGAACAAUGGUGGCAAGGACAGCUUGCUGCAGAUAUUCACCAGGCACUACGUUUCAAAGAGCUCCAGUUACCAUUAUACAAAGGCCAGUCCCCUCAGCUCAACUUGAGGCGAUACUUUGCAGACCUUAUAGCCACCAUCAGUAACAGCUUCAGACUAUGUCCAGCAGCAAGACAUCUUGCAGUCUACCUGCUGGACCUCUUUAUGGAUCGUUACGAUGUCACAAUGCAGCAGCUUCACAUGGUUUCUCUGUCGUGUCUUGUUUUGGCCAGUAAGUUUGAGGAAAGAGAUGAUCGUGUGCCGAAGUUGGACACAUUGAACAACUUGUCCUGCAUGAGCUCGAUGAACUUGAUUCUAACCAAGCAGGGCUUACUGCACAUGGAACUACUACUCCUUGAAACAUUCCAGUGGAACUUGUAUCUCCCGACAGCGGCCCAUUUCAUAGAAUACUACCUCUCUAUUGCCGUCCAUGAGGGAGAUCUCCAUGAUGGCUGGCCCAUGACCUGCUUGGAGAAGACUAAACGUUACAUGGCCAAGUAUGCAGAGUACUUUCUGGAGGUCUCUUUGCAAAAUCAUGUAUUUCUGAGUUUUGCUCCGUCACUGGUAUCGGCUGCAUGUGUGGCUUCCUCCCGCCUUGUUCUUCACCUGUCGCCGACGUGGCCUCCCCGACUGCAGCGCCUCACCUGCUAUACUUGGGAAAAGCUCAUCCCUUGUGCUGAGAAACUGCUAAUCGCACAUGACAGUGAUGUCAAAGAAGCCAGCAAACCAGACGGCCAGCUGCAGCAGCCUGGCCAGACGGCGUUCCACGGUUCAUGCCAGGCAGCCGCUGUGCCCUCGUAUCUGCACCGGUCCGGCAUGCAGUAUUCGCAACAGGCCCCGAACUCCAGGCCAGCCCCCCAUCUCAACCACUCCAUCAGUCUGCAGGCACCGAACGCUGCCCAGCACAGCAACACGCAGGCCAUCACCGCCAUGUUGGACCCAAGUUCCAAUGUUGUCAACAGAGCGUACCAAGUCAGCAUGCACUACACCUGUGCUGCUCCGUGCUUUGACAGAUGAUGGGGUUUUGUUUUUUAGGAAGGAGCCAAUAAGACGUGUUAACUGUUCACCAUGAAGUGAAAAGGUGUUUUUAAUUUGAAGAGACUCCAUGAGGUCUGUCCAGCACUUAUAGUGUCCACAAAGUGCAAUAUGCAUACUCUGCUGUCGUUUGCAGAGGAGAGCCUGCAUGAAAGUUUGUUUCAUAAGAUGUUUGGGAUAACUGGAAUGAAUGUUGUGCUGAAGUGCCUGGAAAGCAGAUUUUGCACCGCUGCAGUGGUUAAUGUUACUGUGUAGUCUAACUGUGCUGCUGACCAAAUAUCGUUCUCGUAUUUAUUUAAACCAUGUUACCUCAGAAGUAUUGAACUCUUAAGUUCCUUGUUGUCACCGCCAUUAUGCCUGCUACAAUGCUAAGAUGGCUUUAAAAAAGUGAAGGGAUUCGCAUCGGUUUGUGCUAAACAAGCGGAGAAAAAAAACAGGUUGUAUUGGUGCUACUGUACUUGAGUCAUUGUUUUUCUUACUGAGGAUUGAAUGUGAUUUCUGUCAAUAGGAGUUAUUGUCGUUCAGACGUCAGUUUAUUUGCAGAAAGAAUUGUUGCUCUUCUGUACACAGAGCAUUUCAGUCAGUGCUGUGCACGUCUAUCAUUUUAAAUAAAAUAAAUGAGUUCAUUGA